ACAAACACAUGGUCACUGCCUCACUAAAACUAUGAUCCCUACUUUUGAGUAAAUCUACAAACUCAUCAACAAUGAAUUCCACAAGACUAAUUUAUAUACUUAGUUUUUUCAAUUUAUUUUUAUCAUAUACAUUGAUUCAAGUCUUGAGUGAGAAUGUAUAUAACUCUAAGAAAUGUGUGUACCCUGCAAUUUACAACUUUGGUGAUUCAAAUUCAGAUACUGGAGCUGUAUAUGCAACAUUCACAGGUGUUAAGCCUCCAAAUGGUAUGACCUUCUUUGGAAAUAUCUCUGGAAGAGCUUCUGAUGGCCGUCUCAUCAUAGAUUUUAUUAGUGAAGAAUUGAAGCUACCAUAUUUAAGUGCAUAUUUGAAUUCAGUUGGAUCAAAUUACAGACAUGGUGCAAACUUUGCGGCAGGAGGCGCAUCGAUUCGUCCCGGUGGUUAUAGUCCAAUCAACCUUGGUCUUCAAGUUUCUCAGUUCAUUUUGUUCAAGUCACAUACCAAGAUUCUAUUCAAUCAGCUCUCCGAUAACAGGACAGAGCCACCUUUGAGAAGUAGUCUUCCAAGGAAUGAAGAUUUCUCUAAGGCCCUUUACACAAUUGAUAUUGGACAAAAUGAUAUUGCAUAUGGUUUUCAGCAUGCUUCAGAAGAACAAGUUCAAAAGUCAAUUCCUGAAAUCUUGAGCCAAUUCUCCCAAGCAGUGAAGCAACUAUACAAUGAAGGGGCAAGAGUGUUCUGGAUUCACAACACAGGUCCAAUUGGGUGCUUGCCCUUCAAUUACUUCUCCUAUGAGCACAAGAAGGGUAACCUAGAUGCCAAUGGCUGUGUGAAACCUCAGAACAAAAUUGCUCAGGAAUUUAACAAGAAGCUUAAGGACCAAGUGUUUCAGCUAAGGAGAAAACUACCACUAGCCAAAUUUACAUAUGUUGAUAUGUACAAAGCCAAAUAUGAACUAAUCAUCAAUGCAAGGAGCCAAGGUUUUGUGAGUCUAUUGGACUUCUGUUGCGGCAGCUACACCGGUUACCGCAUAAACUGCGGAACAAAAGAAAUAAUAAAUGGAACUGUUGAUGGAAAACCAUGCACAAAUCCUUCUCAACAUAUUAUUUGGGAUGGCAUACACUACUCCCAAAGAGCAAACCAAUUGGUUGCUAAACAAAUUCUCUAUGGUUCCUUCUCUGAUCCACCAGUUCCAGUUGAGCAGGCAUGUUUCUGAAUUGCAUAAUUCAUACGAGAUGGAUUGCCAUAAGACUAGUCAAUAUGUGGACAUAGAAAUUUGUCAAAAUAAAUUCCUUGAUCUGUUUGAAUCUUAGAUGUUUACUUUUUAUCUUGCCUUACAACGUAAGCAUAGAAAGAGAAAUAGAAUUAGUGUCAUAUCCAUGCCUGUCAUGUUCAUAAGAAUUCCUUGAUUAUAUAACAAAUGGUUGCAUCUCAAAUGUGGUUAGAAGAAACUGAAUUUUCCAACAAGUAUUUUGGUGUACCAGCCGCACCAGCAAAGAAAGUGAAGUUUCAA